UCUAGAAUAUGACAGAAAAUUAGCAAACUUAAUUACAAUUUCAACAUGAUUUUACAUCCUACGUAACGUAAUAUUCAUCUUACCAUGAAAAACGACGAUUUGCAGCAGGAUGUCAAAUUAAAUUUAAUGUUGUGUUUCAUUUGAUGUAAUUUCAUGUCUUCGGCGAUGCACAUAGCUGGAGCAUCAAAUUUAACUCAAUAUUACAUUCGAUAUAGCAUAAUUUUACCCACUUUGAACCUCAAAAUUGUUGACUCGCAACGCACCGUGUAGAAGUGUCACUGUCAGCCAUCUUGAGUUGCAAAACAAAGUUGAGUGGAGUGUUGUUUCCCGGUGGACAUAAUUUUGUCGAUGGCAAACUCAAAUGCAGAAAAACCGGAAAGGUCCGGUGUGAUUCUAGUUCACGGAAUCGAGCCCUUGGUUUUUACGGAUCAGGAGAAGGCGAUAACUCCGGUGACCAGUCAGAACCGCUUCGGUGGUGAAUGCCGCAGAAGAGUCAAUUUUGCCCAUCUCUCAACGUGGAACCGAUUUUCUAACCAUUCGUUCAGACGUGCCAGUGUGGGAAGGAAAACCGGUGGUUGUAGCCUGCAGCCGAGGCCAGAGGCAAGGGUGAGCAAGGGCCCGGCCCAGAUUACAAACAUCGACGGAUUUGGAGUGACGUAGCGCGCGGUGGUGGUGUCAUGGUGUGACAAAAUCCGUUCGAUGAUCAUGCCGGUCUGACGUCACUUCUCAAAGUUUGACCGGGCUCAAGGUUUGUCGAGAAGCAUCGGAAGAAGCCGGAUCCUGAAGGUAGCUUUGUGUUGGAUUGAACAACGUCGUCUCCGGUCGAUUGCUAGAAGUCAGAUGAUGUCGGUGAAAAAUCCGUUUUCGGCGAUAACAAUCGAGCUUACUCGCUCGUUCUAGUGAAUCAAAAAUUGUAAACAUGAAAAAAAGUGAAAAUAAACUUGAAUGUUUUACAU